UGCUCACAAGCCUUCCAAACCUCGAAUUGGUCGGGUCCUCAGCAGUCGCUCCGCAGCCACUGACAAAAGCAGAAACCGAAAGUCCCGCAAUCCAAAAGUCCCAGAAGACCUGCCAGCCAGCGACUACUUAGCAAAUCACAUAACUGUAAAGUGGACAAACGAGCAGAGCACGGACCAACAUGGCAUUCCGCGUGGCCGGACUCUUCCUGAAGAAGGAGCUAGUGGCUCCCGCAACGCAGCAGCUGCGCUUCCUGCGCACCUCGAACACGGCCCGCUCCCAAUUCUUGGCCAACUCGCCCAACACGGCGCUGGACAAGAGCAUCCUGCAGCGGUACCGUAACCUAGAAACGCCCGCCAAUCGGGUGCAGGCCACUUAUCUUUGGAUUGACGGCACCGGCGAGAACAUCCGCCUUAAGGACCGCGUCCUGGACAAGGUCCCCAGUGCCGUGGAGGACCUGCCGGAUUGGCAGUAUGACGGCAGCUCCACCUACCAGGCCCAUGGGGAGAACUCGGACACAACUCUUAAGCCUCGUGCCAUCUACCGCGAUCCCUUCAAGCCGGGCAAGAACGACGUGAUUGUCCUGUGCGACACCUACCACGCUGACGGCAAGCCGACGGCCUCGAACAAGCGUGCCGCGUUCCAGGCAGGAGUCGACAAGAUCGGCGACCAGGAGCCCUGGUUUGGCAUCGAGCAGGAGUACACGUUGCUGGACGUGGACGGUCGCCCCUUUGGAUGGCCGGAGAACGGCUUCCCGGCCCCGCAAGGACCCUACUACUGUGGCGUGGGAGCCGACCGCGUCUACGCCCGCGAUCUUGUUGAGGCCCAUGCCGUGGCCUGCCUCUAUGCUGGGAUCGAUUUCGCCGGCACCAAUGCCGAGGUCAUGCCCGCCCAGUGGGAAUACCAGGUUGGCCCCAGCAGCGGCUUGAAGGCCAGUGACGAUUUGUGGGUGUCGCGCUACAUCCUGCAGCGCAUCGCCGAGGAGUACGGCGUGGUGGUGACCUUUGACCCUAAGCCAAUGGAAGGCCAAUGGAACGGAGCCGGAGCCCACACCAACUUCUCCACGAAGGCGAUGCGUGCCGAGGGUGGCAUCAAGGCCAUCGAAGAGGCCAUCGAGAAGCUGAGCAAACACCACGAGCGGCACAUCAAGGCCUAUGACCCCAAGGAGGGCAAGGACAACGAACGGCGCCUGGUGGGUCGUCUUGAGACCUCCAGCAUCGACAAGUUCUCGUGGGGCGUGGCCAACCGCGCCGUGAGUGUACGAGUGCCGCGUGGCGUGGCGACGGCCGGCAAGGGAUACUUCGAGGACCGGCGACCCAGCUCCAACUGCGAUCCCUACGCCGUGUGCGGUGCCAUCGUCCGCACCUGUCUGCUCAACGAGUAGGCUGCAAGUGGCUGAAGGAGCUAGUGGGCGUAAAAUCUUUUGUACAUAGUAUAUUAUUGAACUUUGGAGCGUGUCCGAUCAUUUGGCUACUUUUCCAUUCAAGUGGAGCAAAAUUUAGUUUGCUUGUGCAAAAAAGACAGGAGAACGAGGCACGAGAAGCGUGCGUUUAGCAUUUAAGAAAGUGGGUGGGUGGCAAGAAGAUCAGAACAAGAAGGAAAAUUGAACCUGAAAGCGAUGGGGGCCCCAAUAAUAUUCUGCCAUAAAUAUUUUACAAAUUAUGUAUACCUAAUCGUUGAUUUAAUCUAAAUAAUAAAUAACAUUGUACGUUAAUGCGCUAUCGUUGGAUUUAAAAAAUAUGAUCUGGCUUACACGUUUGCCAUUUUGGCCAAAACACUUUGUAGAAUUAGAAGUUUUGACCUCACUUGUUGAUUACCCGUCGGGGUGUCCAAACGUAAUGUUAAAGAAAGGAAUAUCACUGAAAUUCGACUACAUCUAAUUAACCAUUCAAAUCCAAAACGCACGUACAUAUGGAAAUUGUUUUUAAAACUAAUUGUUGACACGAAGUUGUUGAGUACAAUUUUAAGGAAAAUAAAUUUGCUACACAUAAUA